ACUCGAUUUUGCCAUUUCAAGUGUACACUGAAGUUUAAGUAGAGAGCGCGGUGCACUAACGUCCUCGAGUGUGAAAUUGUGAAUAAUUUGUUAAAUUUCCCUAACGAAUGUCGCUGUGUUCGCUGCGAUGUGAAUACAGAAAUACUGCCAGCCACUGUUUACAACAUAAAGUGUUUAAGCAAAGCCGCCAAAGAUGUUUGCCCACAAGACGCAAAUGGUAUGUGAUAUGACGAAGUGAUUGCACGUUAGUGAUUGGAAAACUAAUGAGCGAGUGAGUGUUAAGAAAGAUUUCAAAAACUAAUAAGCAUAAAACAAUGUGAAAUAACAACAAAACUCAAAACAGAAUCCGGUGCUGUGUAAAAUGAAAAAGUAGGAGGGAUCAUAAAACCUCGCCACGGUGUUUCUCAUGCUGUCCUUGGAGACGAGAGCUAUGCGUAGUUUCGAAAAUAAGAGACACUAACGAAGGAGAAGAGAGGGAGACCGGAAGGGGGAACAUUUGCUGCCGGUACCAGACGCAGCAGCGGCGACUGUCUGUGGCCAUGGGCGUGAGUGUGGAAGUCAAGGGCGGAUGGCGCAUCAAUACCUUCCUUUUCUUGCUGACGGGGUCUCAGGCAGUGGUUCUGCCCUGGGCACCGGUCAUCCUCAAGGCUACGAACCUCUCUGCUCAAAAUGUAGGAAUCGUGAUGGGCGUCAUAACGUUCGUGGGCAGCGUCGGCGUCCAUGGUUGCCUUGCGGCAAUGAAGCGAACUCACAGCGGGGCAGCAAGGCGUCUGACUCUGCUGGUGUUGACGUUAGUAGGCUCAGUCCUCUACACAACCUCCGUCCUUCUCUUGCCUACUCUAGCUGGGGGAAACACCUGCCCCGCUUCAUCCAGCGCGUCUUCUGUGAUAUCAAAGCCUCACGUACCUCCUGACGUCAAUUCUGAAUUUUCUUGGAAUGUAACUAACUCAGUACUUGACAGAGUUUCUUCACCACCCUCUGAAAUCAAGAUCAGCUCCACUGCAAAAGAGAAUCCCCGGCCAUCUUCAACAACGACCAGCAAUCUGAGUGAAAAUUCGAGUUUUUCAUCCACUGCUCCAAAAGAGACAGAAAAGGGGCCAACUAGUUUACCAUCCCCCAAGCCCUCAACAAAUGACCAAGGAAAAAUUUCAGGAAGCAUUCUCACGACAACUUUGACAAAAUCUGAAUCAACAUCAACUACUAUAGGGAGCCCCACACAAAGUAGUAAAACUACAUUAAACAUAGUAGGUGCUCAUGAUGCAACAACGCUUCCAGAGCCACACGAAGCAGAAAAACCAAAAGAUCAAGCCCAGAGUGAAAUCACAACCAAAGUUGAUAGUUCUCUAGACAAGACGACUGGCUUAAAACAUUUCCAAUCUGACACAAGCAUGAUACACAAGGGUACAUUAUCUCAGAAACCUGAUGCUAGCAAAGUUUCUCAAACAAGUUUUCAUAGUUUUCAUAAUGGUGAUCAAACGCAAAACUCUGCUGAAAAUAUUAAUGAUACAAGUGCAAGUUCAUCUGAUGAUCUUUUCUAUUAUUAUGAUGAAGAAGAAGAAGAAGAAGAAGAACAACCAAACUCUAAGGCUAAACCCAGUGCCGAGAGUUACAAACAAAACCAUUCAUUUAAUGCACGUAAAACUCAACACAAUUACAAAACACAUGAAAAUCCUUUAGUGGGACGACAACCAGAAAUGCCUCCAGUCGUGGCAGUUAGGGAAAAUAACAGGCUUGCAAACAGGGGGGGUUCAUUUGAUGAUUAUGCUGAAGGUUUGCCACUUGAAAGGAUAAACAACAGAGAUGAGUGGAGUAAUGCCUUUGUUAAACCUGAAUUAACCAAUAAAGUGGAAGCUAGUAGAACGCUACAUUUGCCCAGGCAACAAGCAUCUCGUCUCCAUUCAGCCCAGUACAGGGACCAUGAAAACGGAAGAUAUUAUGAUCCUCAUAGUAGAAACGGCUACCAUUUGCAGAACCAUCCACUUCCCAGAACCCAUAGGAAAUCCUCUGGUACCUUUGAUGACCAGUAUGAGCAAAGGAGAAAACGAUCUGUAAACCCUUCACAAAUGACAACCGGCGCAGAAAAGGGAAAAACGGAAAAUUCUGAUACAGGUGAUGCGGAAUCUAGGAAUGUGACCUCUGUUGAUAAGGCUUACAUUCGAAGCCUGGCUAUAAACAUCGAGUCGCCCGUUGGCAUCCAGACGGGAGUGGCCAUUCUCCUUAUCUUAGGGACACUAGCGAGCGCUGGAAUAGAGACGGGAGUAGCUCAGCUCUGGCACUGUCACUCCCACGGAUACGACGAAGGCGGAGUGAGCCAAGACAUCCUGCACCGAACCAUCACCCACACUUUUCAGUUUAGCUUCUACGCCGCCCACAAGACUUGGGCAGGGUUAACAUCGGGAGCGUGGGUGAUAGGCGGAGGAACCAUAGCUGGACUACUGUGCCUCAUGGGCGUGGAUUCAGGCGUUUACAGUAUACUAGGAGGCAUGCAGCUGGCUCUAGGAUUAUGUGCUGUCAUUUUGGUUUUGGUAAUCCCAGUCCCAUAUGGAUCAGUGGACCCACCGAAGACCAGAAGACCUCUCUCUCUUUAUCUGGAUGAUGAGGUGCUACGCGAGGGAGUAAGGCGGCUUGCCUUCCACAUCUGGAUUCUGGCGAACGGAUGCGUCUCUGCUCUGUCUCUCACCUUCGGCCUGUGGCUCAUUCUGGAAGUGACGGGAGAACAGGGUCCAGCCAUCGCGGCGCAGACAGGUGCCGUGUCGGUGUCACUAGCCUCAGAAAGCUUGACCUUGUGCUUUCAAAAGUGGCUCAUGGCACGCGUGGGUCUCCAGGGCGUGAUGGGCAUCAGUGGCCUGGCCCUGAUGACCCAUCUGAUCAUGAUGUGGGUCUGCGGUAAUGUGGUCUUAGUGGUCAUAUCUUUCGCUGGACUUGGCAUGGGCUUCGCGCUUCUCUGGGUCUCCGUCCGGCAUAAUGCUCUUCUUCUCGCUACUGUCAGCGACCAGGAACGAGAAUCCUGGGCAUCCUGGUGGUGUUGGCGGGUAGGGGUGGGAGCCGGGGCCAUUGUAUGGGGGUCCUGUGUGGACGCGAGGACGUCUUUGUCGCUGCUUUUCAAACCGGCUGCGUUUAUAGCCGCUUCAAUCGCCUUUGUCGUAGCCGCGGCAGCUGUCAUGACCAGGAGUCAAGGCAAGACGCGACGAAGGAUCUACCACACGCUCGACCUUGAUAUGGCUGCUGACGACGACGAAGACGAUGAAGAAGAGGCUAACGAAGACGAUUGGUUGGUGAAGAGGGCGAAGAAGGAGGGAAUAAAUCUAUGACUUGAAGAAAGGCGGUGAAAGUUCCGUGAAAAGGAAAAUCUAAAAAAAAAAAAAUUGACAGAAACAAAUGUCCUCGUGAUGAUUUAAUCUGACGAACUAUAAAGGACUGAAGAGAGAGAUGAACUAAAAAUAAUAAUGAAAAAUAAAAUAAGAUAAGGUAGAAUUAAAUAAAUAAAAAAGUGGUCCAGUUGCCUUUAAAAUCAAUCCAUAACUUAUAAAGGUAUACUUAUGACAGGAGGUAAACAUAAUAGAUACUAGUAAAUAUAUAUUCCGUUUAACUUCGCUGACGAGUGUAAAUACUACUAACUGGAACAGAACACAGAGUGAACUACUAUAAGCUGUGAGGAUGGAAUGUAAAUAGCAAGCCUUAAUCAGGGCUCUAAGAACCAUUCAUUAAAAGACUGGUAAUGUGCAAAGAAAGUCGAUGUGAAUGAAGUUGUAAUCAUAUCGUUCAAGUGAACACUUGAGGACAUACGAGGAGCAUGUCUACCGAAAGGAAAAUUCACUCAUUAAAUAUGACUAUACAAGGUAAAAAAAAAAUGUUAAGAAAUUAUGUAUUCGUGUAAAAAAAGAACUGCCGAAGAAUCGCAGAAUAUCGACAGAUCUGGAAUUCAUCUGUCUUGCCUUCGCAAACCGGAAGUCAGUUUCUUCAAUUCGGUGUUCAACACGCUAUCAAAUAUAAGAAGAAAACUUCCAAUGUUAAUGCCGACUAAAAAAAACAGAGCAAAACCAUCGCCAGUAACUGUGGAUAAAAAAAAUAGACAAUAUUUCUGUAGAAAUAAGUGAUAUUUACUGUCCUUGAGCGAGCUUUUUCAAACGCCUUUUCAAGGGUAUAGGAAUGGAAUAUCUUCACGAUAGUUAACUUUGGAAAAAAACAAAUGCAAUCGUCCCCGGAGAUGUUUAUAGUGCCAGGUCAGUGAACGAAGAUCGAGACUGUCUUCUUUGAAGAGAUAAAUGAAUGAAUUUAAGUGUAUUCAGCCGUCAAGUCUUAUACGAGUGACCUGUCUCAAAGACAUUUAAAAGUUUUUUCAGGUUAAAUAUGUAGGACUGGGAUUUUUUUUUUUUUUUUUUUUUUUUUUUUUUUUUUAGAAAACAUGUGAUAGCGGAAAUGAUUACAGAGUUUAAUUCUCCUUAAUCAAAAUGAAAACGGCCUUGGAAUCGAGACCGAAGAUGGACGUACUGUUGGAAUUUCCGGGAAAUAAGGUAAAAAUGUUCCCAGCCAUCGUUCCAGUAUAAUAAAGAAUUCCUCCCUUCUCUCUGCCAAGCAAAGGUAUCAAGGGAAAGGUGUUCAUCAAACGUACUUUAAAGAAAGUUUAUUUUGAAUGGCGUCUACACGACGCUUGUUUUCAAUUCCUCUCGAUUGUUUUAUGCUUUUUUUUUAUUAUAUUUCUCUCAGCAAUUUUUCUCGUUGAUUUGUUUUAUGAUUACAUCUUUUUUACGAACUGUACUUAAUAUAUUGUUGUAGUCUAAGGAAAGUGAUAAUCAUAAUGUUGGAAAUGGUAAUAAAAGUUACUUUUUA